CUCUUGUUCUUUUUUCAAGCAGAAAAAGGAUAACUGCUGUCCCUUUUAAGUUGGGAGAUCAAUUUCGUUUUCAUGGCCUUAGAAAAAGAUGGAAUUUUAAAAUCAUUUUCAGAUUCACCGCCAACUCAUUACACUGUAAAAAUAGAGUUAUUUUCGAUGAUAACUGAACUUUUUUCAGAGGAUGGAUAUGAAUCAUCACAAUUUGAAACCGGAGGAUACAAAUGGAAACUGGUGUUGUACCCAAAUGGAAACAUGAGGAGGAAUGUGGGAGACCACAUCUCUAUCUACUUGGUAAUAGCUGGAACAGAUUCACUUCCAACUGGUUGGGAGGUAUAUGUUGAUUUCAGAUUGUUUUUGCUCGAUCAGAAUAAGAAAGCCUACUCGGUUUUUGAAGAUGCUUUUACAAAGCAAAAGUGCUUUAAUGGAGCUAUGCUUGAUGCGGCUGGUUUUGAUAAACUUAUCCCCGUUAAAGAUUUUACUGAUGUUUCCAAUGGAUAUCUUAUUGAUGAUACAUGCGUGUAUGGAGCUGAGGUCUUUGUUUGUAAAGAAAGGAGAACAGGGAAAGGAGAGUGUCUAUCAAGGAUAAGAAAUGCCUCCGCGUACAAGCAUGUUUGGAAGAUUGAUAAUUUUUCAGAAUUGGACGCUGAAUCCUAUUCAUCGGAACCCUUUAAUGCUGGAGGCUAUGAAUGGAAGAUAAAGCUCUAUCCCAAGGGAACCGGUGAUGGAAAGGAUAGUCAUCUUUCUCUGUUUUUCAUAUUGGCAAAUCCUGAGACCCUUCCUCCUGGCUCUAGUAUAUUUGCAGAUUAUACAUCGCGCAUCCUAGAUCAGAUUCAUGACAGGCAUCACUCUAAAAGGGCAACUAAUGGCAGGAUCUUCAGCGCCUUGCAUCCGAGUUGGGGUUACGAUAAAUUCAUUGCACUGGAGAUGUUCAGUCCGGCAGACAAGGGUUUUUUGAUGAAUGACACUUGCAUAGUGGAGGUAGAGGUCACUGUCCGUGGAAUUACUGGAGUUCUGUAGUAAUAACUUGUCCUAAGAAGUAAUUUUGCUGCGUGCACAGUGCCCCGAUAUGGUUAUAAUGUUUCUGACAUCAGUGAAGAUCGAACACAUUACUUUUCCAUAGAGAAUGUUGAUCAGUUAUUACUACCUUAAAGUUAAAUGUUUGAUCAUGAAUUUAUAAAAAGCUGAUCUUGGAAUUCAUAUCGUAUUUAA